GAAUAUUAGCCAACUAAUGGAGUGGCUAAGGGAAUAUUAUUACCGAUUUAUCUUGGAAAAACAAGGAACAAAUAGAAUCAAAAUCUGAUAAUUUGAAAAAAGUCUUAAGUUAGCAAAGACACACUUGGCAGUUAUUUACAGUACUGUUUUUAGGGUCAUAAAUAAGAACAAAAAAACAAAACCAUACUGAUGCUGUAUCACUUCAGUAAUAAAAUGAUGGCAAGUCAGUAAACCAUCCUAGAUGAGUAUGGAUAUAUAGGAAUUUUAUGAGGAGCCAACUGUAUUGAGUCAUAGUUAUUACUGAAAUUUGGGUUGAAAAGUAACUUUAGGGCUAUAAAACUAUUCUGUUUUUAAUUUUAGUCAUAUUAAUAAUAAAGUCACUAAGUGCUCAAAGACUCAUAGCAAAUUAUAACAGCCCUCUUCCCCACCAAUCCUGUUUCCCAAAGAAAAAUGUUGCACUCUGGGGUGUUUGUGGUGGGGCUGCGGAGUCGUGGAUCCCGCCGGAAGCGCCAGGACAAUGGGGACCCAGGACGACGAGUACGACUACCUAUUCAAAGUGGUGCUCAUCGGGGACUCGGGUGUGGGGAAGAGCAACCUGCUGUCCGGCUUUACCCUCAACGAAUUCAACCUGGAGAGCAAGAGCACCAUUGGUGUGGAGUUUGCCACCCGCAGCACCCAGGUGGACGGCAAGACCAUCAAGGCGCAGAUCUGGGACACCGCUGGCCAGGAACGCUACCGCGCCAUCACCUCCGCGUACUACCCAGGUGCAGUGGGUGCACUGCUGGUGUAUGACAUCGCCAAGCACCUGACAUAUGAGAAUGUGGAACGCUGGCUGAAGGAGCUGAGGGACCAUGCUGACAGUAACAUCGUUAUCAUGCUGGUGGGCAACAAGAGUGACCUGCGCCACCUGCGGGCUGUGCCCACUGAUGAGGCCCGAGCCUUCGCAGAGAAGAACAACUUGUCCUUCAUUGAGACCUCAGCCUUGGACUCCACCAACAUAGAGGAAGCUUUCAAGAACAUUCUCACAGAGAUCUACCGCAUCCUGUCACAGAAGCAAAUUGCAGACCGCGCAGCCCAUGAUGAGUCCCCUGGUAACAACGUGGUGGACAUCAGCGUGCCACCCACUACUGAUGGACAGAAACCGAACAAGCUGCAAUGCUGCCAGAAUCUGUGACUGCCCCGUGCCUCGUCCAAAUAUGCGUGCGUGCACAUCCUCAUCCUUUGCCUGCCCCUCAUCAUGAUGUCUUCUCUGACCUGACCCUCUCUGUCACUCUGUGACUGGCUUCUACCCCUCCACUGAGCUCUGCAGAAAAAAAAAAAUGUUGCACUCUUGUAACUGUCUUUUUAUGGUAUUUAUUUUCCUAUUUUUAACUCCAUUGCUUAUAGUACUAUUUCUUGAUUUAUUAUUUUUAAACAUUUUUCUAAUGAUUUUUUUGUUAUCGGAGAGAGGAGGGAUUUAUUCAGCUCUCUAAACUGAACUGCUCAUGUCCCAUUUCUCCUCAAUUCUUCUAACAUAUUUACAUCAAAUUUUACUUUAACAAAAUAUAUUUCCCUAGGAACUUCAUGAGAAUGUUGUUUUUUUGGUAAAGCAGUAGUCACUGCUAACUUACUAGUACAUAAGUAUAAUUCAUGUAUGAUCCAGGGAAUAUAUUAUGAUUAUUUUCUUAUAUAACUUUUGGGUUUUCCUAGAAUUAAUAAUAAUUGCCCAGUUUUUAAAAAUUGUUUAGUACAGUGGGGCCUUGACUUAU